AUGUUGAAAAGGGGCGUCGAAACCAGCCUGACGGAAGACGAUUGUCUCACCUCCUCGCAACAGUAUGAUCCCCACCUCCUUUUUCACGUGCGUAUACGGCGCAAGGGGUAUGAGACCAUCGGCGCCAACGCCUUUCUCCGCUGCUGCGCCCUGCGCGUACUCGAUGUAUCUGGAAACAAGCUAAGCACGCUCUCAGGACUGGAGAGCGUUGCGCCCCAGUUAACGUUCCUCAACGCAGCCGAGAACAGCCUCCACGACAUUAGCGCACUUGUCAAAUGCACGGCAUUGGAGCGGUGCAUGCUGGAGGGCAAUCAACUCCACUCCUUCGCCUCCCUUGAGCCGCUCGUGUCGCUCCCCUGUCUCGUUGAACUGGUGCUGCAGCGACACGUACCUUUUGAUGACGUUGGCAUGGCCCUAGGGAGCUCUCAGCAGUGCUCUAACAGGCUGCUAUUGCUGGACAACCCGAUUUGCCGUGACGUUGUCGCCUACAAGCAGCAGUUCCUUGCUAGGGUAUCUCAUGUACGUUGGGUAGACGGGGCCUUGGCUCAUCUACGCGCGAGGUCCCUGGCAGAGAACGCUACAAACGUCUUGAAUGACGCCACGGAACACUCCUCCACGUCGAUAGUGGAGGCGGCCGUCGCAUCCUUCCAGUCCAUACGCGUUCAGAUGACCACCACUGUAAAGGAGGAGACGGAGCUGCGGUGCCAACUCGAGCGCUCUGCAGAUCGAUGUAAAAAAAAAACCCAAGCACAGCAACCAACGCUAGACUCGCAGGCGAGCGCCACUGAAAAAAAAAAAAUGAGUGAAUGA